UGUGGUGCAAAUUAGUUCAGUGCUGCAUAAUUGUGAUUAUUCUUUGUUUUUAAAUUUGGAAGGUUUCUUGACAGAAACUAUUGAACCUUCGUAGCUUAAACACUUGAAGUUAGUAAAGUCCGAAUGCUAGCAGUUUUAAUUAAAAUUUAUUUAUCUAAAAUCAACAUUUUUCAUACAGUACCUACACAAAUACAAUGAAGUUUGUUUUCAAUAUCGUCCAUUAUUUCACUAUUAUAUCAAUAGCAACAGAUAUUACUAAAAUUGGGUACAUUGAAAGUUUACCACUUUCAAAUUUAAGCAGCCACAAUGCAGAAGGAAAUUCAACAAAUGUUAAACAAAGAUCAGCCAGAACAAUACUAUCUAGAAGAUUUCAAUUGUUACCAUCAAGAAAAUUUUCUAAGCUUAGAAGAAUUUUGGACAAUCGCUCUCAAGCCCGACGACCUUUUGAAAAUAUUUAUCAUAAUGAGAAGCUUGUGCAUACUGGAUGGAAUAGAAAUCAACAAAUCAUAGUGAAUCAUGAAACAUCACCUAAAAGGAAAAUUUACACAACCACAAAAAAGCAACAAUUUCCAACUAAUUUUUUUACAACUACUAGAAGACCAUAUUCAACAUCAACGGCUGUUCCAAUUUUCUUUAGAAAAACUUCAACUACUUCUCCCACAACUAGAAGAACAACUUUAACAACAACGCCAGAUCCACUUAUUUUUGAAAUUGAUAUCAGAUAGCAAUCAAGACCUAAAUUGGCAGUAAUUUUGAAUGUGGCCCCCAGUUAUUUUUACAAUUUUUAAAGAAAAACUACAAAAAUUUGAACAAUUUAACUGAAAAACAAUCAAUUAAUAUAUUUUAAAAGGAUUUGAUAGUUUAUUUUUUCUCUUUUUCUUACGUUGUUGAACUUGAACUACUUUCAAACUCUUACUAGCUCAAAUAA